AUGAGCUGGGCUAGAGACGAAUGGAAACUUGAUUUACCCAACACAGCGCUAAGAAAGAUUUCCGAGCUUGAAAACGAUGUGGAAAAUUUGCGAAAGAGCAAACAACAACAGCAGUUGCAACUGGAAACCGUGUCAAACUCUCUGCAGAAACAAAAGCAACUAAACGCGGAGGAAAAAGCCGGAAAUUCCAGUCUGCGACGUGAGAUACAAGAACUUACACGAAAAUGCUCCGACCUCGAAAACCAGGAAGAAAAAUCGCAAAUAGAUCUUAAAGCGAAAGACAACAAGAUCGGACUGCUUGAGGAACAGUUGCACAAAGCAAGAGAGAAGCUUAAGGACGAGGAAGAUAAAAAUUCCGAGAUGCUGAACCAAGUUGAUCAGCAAAAGUUAAUCGCAGAAGUGAUGGAAAAUGAAAUGGGACAGUUGGCUGUAGAGGUGGAACGGAUAAACGAAACUAAAGCGCAGACGGUGAAAGACCUCGAAGUUGCAAAAGAAAAAGUCGAGAUUCUGCUCAAAGAAAACGAAGCUCUUAAAAAUCAGCUCAAGCAACGAGAUGAACUGCUUACGGAACACGCCAAUAGCUCGAUUGUUGAUGAUGAGUCUGCGCCAAUGACGGAAACUGCUGACCCACGGACGCCGGACAACGUGAGCAACGCGUUCUUAGAGAUCUUGAAAAGAGAGAAUAACUCUUUGAUAAGUGAGAAUGAAGAGCUUAAAGUCCAAGUUGAGCAUUUGAAGAUUCUACAGCGUGAAAAGGAGAAAGAGCUGGAGAGGGUGACGCAAAAGCUAACUGCUUCACAAACCGAGUGCGAGAAAAAAGCGCAAUUGUUGAAAGCUCGAGAGAAAGAGUUUUCUAAAUUGCAAGACAAGCUUGCAAGAACUGAAGCAGACUUACAGAACAAUCAAAGCAGAGUGGAAACUCUAGAGGAGAAAGCCAAACUGCUCCAUGAGGGAAUUCAGAGCGAAAAACGCCAAAGUGAAAACAGCAAAGAAGAGAUUACCACAAUAAGAACCGCGCUUCUGGAAUCCGAACGUAAGAUCAAAACUUUGGAGACGGAUUUGUCUCAACAAUCAGACAAAAUGAAAGUUAAGCGGGAGAGAAUAGAGACUUUGGAAGAGGAGAACGUGCAAAUGACACAAGAGCUUGAUUCCUUGAAGCGUCAGAACAACGCCACGACAGAAUCUUACCUCGCCACAACUAAGGUAUUGAGAGAGAAAGAUCACAGAAUUGAAGAACUCGAAGAGGACAACAAAGAAAAAAAGAAGCAACUCAGAGUGUUUGGCGAAAAGGUUGAAGUUCUUACCUCGCAGAACAACCGCUUGAUGGAGGACCUUCGACAGGCAGAAGAGAAGUUUGCGAAUGCUGAUAGGUCGUACCGACAGGUUUCAAAGGCGUUGGACGAUUGGAGGAAAAUGAUAGAAGAACCUGGAAAUGGAGCAGAUCUCUGGGAUGGAGAAAAAUGCGAGGGACUGGGGAAGAGCAACAGAGUUGACCGGGAGGAGAUUAGUGAAGAGCAGAAAGAAGAAGAUGAGAAAAGCAGUAUUUGCUCUUACUGCGACCAAAUAACGGCGAAACUGAAAGAACAAGAAGAUUACUCCAGUCUUAAGACCAGGGAACUUGAAGCCUGCAUACGGAAACUUACGACCGAGAAGGAAGCGCUGGAGCGGAAAGUGGAAAAAGAACGGAGGAAUAGUGAGGAGUUUACAAUGCGAGUGCAGCAGAUGGUACAGAAGAUGGAAAAUGAGAAUAAAACGGAGAGGGAUGACAACAGAAAGGAACAGAGGCAAGAAACAGAGGACUUCUUCAUCAUGUUCAAGAGAUUUUUUAUUAAGAAUGAGGGCUUGAAGAAGCAUGCGCUGAAAUGCCUGUCCGACCUUGAACAGUUGCAAGAGUAUCUAAGAAGUUGUGCAAGCGGAGUCAGAGAGGUUAUUGGUCAUGCGGAUGAGCUUGAGCCGGUGGCGAAGCGAAUAUCGCUGCUAAAAUCACUCUUACAGACGGUUGUGGACGAAUUUGAGCGUCCACUGAAGGGAGAGGAAAGUGACACGGACGGGAACGAAGGUUCUCCGAUGGAAGCGAACAUUCGUGCUGAGUUAUCGUGGGAUGAUUAUGACAGAGAGGUCGCCUUCAAAGUAUUUACAGACAACGUGGAAGACCUCAUUCAGCAGAUUGAUAAAGGAAAGGAAAUGAGAGAGAGAAAAGUCGAAGAGUUCCAGGAGGUUAAACGCGCUCAUACGGCUCUCAAAAGGGUCAGAAAAAGGUCCCGACAAGCCAUUGAAAGAGCUGUCGCGCGGAGUGAAAUUGAGGACCUGUGCGUGGAAGGGCCGCCGGAGGACAUUGAAAGAGGCUCCCAACGGACAAAUACCCGGAUGGAACGCUGGAAUGGUUGGGACUUACUUAAGGUCAUUAAAGAUCUGCUUGAACAGAACCGAGAGGUACUGGAGAUGAAAAUGGAUGAAAAUUUUAAUAGAUUACAAAACAUCGUUAAACAGCAACGUGUACAGGAUAAUGUGUUGUCGGACGAGAGAGGGCAGGAAAUCGGCGGCGAGAGCGUCAGGGAGACCAUGGAUGGAAAAUAUGCCAUAGGAGAACUGGAAUUGGUUAAAAGAAAGUUGUCUGAUGUGCAGAAAAUUAUAAAGCACCUCACUGGGUCACUGGUAGAGGUUGAACACGAAAAGAAGACUGUCGAGUCCCAGGUGGAUCUGUUGAACGGAGAGCUUCAUCAGAAAGAGUCGCAGUACGAGGCCAAAUGCGAGGAUUUGAAACGAGUCACGAAAACCGCUUCCGACCAGGAAGUUUCCUUCCGAAACCGGCUCCAACAAAUUGCGUCGGAAAAAGAUGAGAUCAACUCGGAGCUACGAAGAAUUGUCGGGGUACUCAAGGAGAGAGAGCUGGAACUAGUGGAGCGAUCACAGCAGUUGAAACAUUUGCAGGCCACGUAUAGCGAUAAGGAGCGAUCAAUGAAAAGCAAGAUCGACGCGCUUGAGCAAGAAAACAACGGUGUAUGGUUGGACUACAAAGAAGCUGAUAAACGAGCUGAGAUCAAAGAAAAAGAGUUUAAAGAACUUGCAGACCGGCUGAAGAAAAGUCAAAGAUACAUGCAUUCCGUGUUUAGCAGCUUAACCAACAUGGACGAUGAAUUGCAAAGAGCCAGAGAUGUCGAAGUGUUCAGCGAGCAAGAUUAAGAAUUUAAAUUAUGAUCGAAUAUGAAAGGUGGUUUACGUAGAACCCCGGGUUGAAAAAGAUAUUUAGCAAUGUGAUAUACAUGAUUUUUUUUCUGUUCCUGAAUUUAUGCGUUUUUUUUCUUGUCUUUUCUUUUAAAAACGAUUUGUCUUCGAAUUGUGUAAUACUGAACAAGACUGAAAUGUAGAUCACACGAUGCCUUCCUUUUGUACCUUCUCUGUGUCUGUAUAUCACCGUUUAUUUUCUAAUUUUAAUUUUUAGUAAGGCUACAUUAAGUUUUCGUUCAUUUUUCUUGCCUUUUUAUUUGGUAUAAAUAAAGUUGAGAGGAUACAAUUCUUAAGGGCAACGCAUUUCAUACACUUAUUCGUGUGUACACCACAUUUCUACCGAGCGUCGUUAAUUAGAAUCCGCAGUCUUCACAACGACCAAUAAGAGAACAGAUAAACAGCACAAAAGGCAAAUGAGAGUUCAGAGCAAAAACUUUCCAACUACCUACAACGCGACAAAACGCUAGCGAACGAGUAACCCUUAAUUAGAACUUUGCAUCUGAUAGGUUGAGAUGCGAUUUUUUUAGACCAAUCACAGUGCAGAGUAAAGUACAACCAAAAUGACUCCUCUUUACUAUCAAAACUCGACUAAGAUUGCUUUGAAAAAAAAAAAAAAAAAUCGCCACCAAGGUAAGUAUCGAACAAACUUCUUGCUCGUAGAGUCCCGAAAAUCGCAAAGGAGACGAGGAUUCCUUCCGUAACCGUUUUAAAGUGCUCAGUUGCGUCGGAAAAAACCCAAAUAAAGUCAGAGCUACGGAAAAUAGUCCAAGCACUCAAGGAGAAUGUGUCAAUGAAAACUAAGCGUGGGAAAAAGACUGGUUAGAAUUUUGUAUCUGAUUGGUAGAGGAUGGCACACUUUUUCCGGAGAUACCGCUGUACCGCGUAGUAAUG